AUGAGUAACAAUAGCAAAGAAACGAUGACUAAAAAACAACAAGAUGAACUUACUUCAAGUUUUAAUAAUCUACCCUGGAGUCUCCCAUUAGGUUUCUCAUCAUUAUCACCAUUUGGUGCAUUUCCAGGUUUUGGUUUACCUACACCUAAUUUUCCUUCAUUGAACAGUUUUGCUUCAUCAUCAACAACUGGUUUUCCUCCUUCACUUCUAUCAAAUGAUUCGACUAAUCCAUCAAUACCAGCUGAUAUAUGGUCAAAUGGAUUAUCAGCAGCUAAUAAUUCUGUUGAUUACAAUGAGUAUGCUAAACAAUUAGGUUUUCUUAUGAAUGCAUUUACUGAACAACAACAACAACAGCAGCAGCAGCAACAACAACAACAAAUAGAUAAAUCAAAAACUUCAUCAACAUCUAAACAUUCAAAAACCAAACAAUCUCAUACUCCUUCAACAUCAUCUUCACCGGAUGUUCAUAAUAGUAAAAAACAUGGUGAUUCUCGUCGUUCAUCUUCAUCAAAUAAAUCUUCAUCACGUUCUAAAACAUCAUCAUCAAAUCCUCCUUCUUCUCUUCCUUCUUCUACUCCUAAUCUCUCAUCUUCAAACAAAACUUCUACAAAUAGUGAUUCAACUAUGCUUGAUCCAUUAGCAUUUGCUGCAGCUGCUGCUGUAGCUAGUGGUGGUCUAUCAUUUCCUUAUUUUCUUCCAUCGUUACUUUCACAAACACCUUCAACAACAGGAACGAAUAAUAAUCCUUCGACGUAUCCAUUUUCAAAUUUAUCAACAUCAUUGACAAAUCCAACUGCUGGUCUUUAUCCAUUUCUAUCACCUGAUUGGUUUACAUCAGCACCCCCAAUAGGAAAUAUAACUCCUGAUUCUAAACAAUCAAAAAAACGUUCAAAAUCAAUUCGAACAUUAACUGAAGAACAAGACAAAAAUUCUUCAAGUCUUCUUCAUUCAGCAUUAUCUGAUCCAAUAAAUGCUAAUGGUUUACGUUUAAGUCGUCGAAGUAGUACAAAUGAUACACCAAUUGAUGAUUCAAGAUCAAAUGAUGAUGAUGAUUCUGAUCCAAAUCCAAAACGAAAAAAAACUGAUGAAGUUAAUGAAACACUUGUACGAAUACCAUUAAAUCGCGGAUGGAAACGUGUAACAAUUGUUCGAGCAAUAACACGUACUGGUGUACGUGGUGAUGUUUCAUAUUAUGCACCAUGUGGAAGAAAAUUACGUUCAUUUCAAGAAAUUGAUCGAUAUUUAUCAAAAAAACAUAUAACAGAUUUAGAUCGAUCAAAUUUUACAUUUAGUUCAAAAGUACAUAUAGGAUUAUUUCAUGAACCAAAAGAAGGUCCCGAGGGAAAAACACUUUUUCAAGAAUCAACUGAAGAUGAAAUUGUUAAUCGUAUAUUAGAAAUAAAUCCAAAAUUUCGUCGAAUUGAAUCAGUUUCUAGUCCUUCUGUAACACCCAGUAAUGGUACAAAUGAUCAUCAUGAUGAUAAUAAUCGAAAAAUUCGUUUAGAACAAGAAGAAAUAUCUAAACGUGCAAGUGAAAUUAAAAAUAAACGUGAUACAAUGCAUUUAAUGCGUAAUGUAGCAAGUGAAAGUUCAAAAAUAUCUGAAUCACAAUAUCAACAUAAUGAAUUUAUUAAAGCUAUCAUUGAACAACAAAAAAUAGCUCAACAACAAGAAUAUGAAAAUAAACAAAAAAUGCAGCAAGAACAACAAGAACAAGAACGUAAACGUCAAGAACUUGUUUAUUUAAAACAAUUAGAAUUAAAAAAACGUCAUGAAGAAAAACUUUUAAUACUUGAACAACGUAAAGCAGAAAAGAAUGCACAACGUGAAAAGAAAAUUCAAGAAAAAUAUAUGGAAAUAGUUCUUGCAAAAGAAACAAAACGUAUUGCUGAAGAUAUGCAAUUAAGAGAUCUUAAACCAUUACCAAUAUUAAAACCGGUUGAAAAUAUGCGUUUAUCAAUUGAAGGAUUUGCAAAUUGUUUAAUGAUUAUUGAAUUUCUUAAUAAUUACAAACAUAUUCUUAAUAUUCCUGAUAAUUUAAUUCCAACAUUAAAUAAUUUACAACAAUCAUUAUUAAAUUCUUCAUUAUCAAGAGAUUUAAAUUCACUUUGUCAAAUAUUACUUCGUAUUGCAUUAGAAGAUCCAGGCAUUCCAAAUCCGAAAAAAGCUUUAACUAAUCUUGGACAAAAAUUAUCCGAAAUCGAUAUAACUGAACAUACAUUUGGAGAAAUUUUACGUAUAUAUAUAAGAGAACGUAAUGGGUUUGAUGAUAAAUUAACUCAAAGUUUAUCCGAUACAUCAUUUCAAACAUUAAUAGCUGAUGAAAAAGCAGAAAUUUUAGCAUUUUUAUGUAAUGAUUUAUCAACCAAUAAACGUGUAGUUGAUGAAAUUGAUCGUAAUCUUGAUGAAUUAACAAGUUUAAAACAUGAAAAAUGGGAAAUUGAAAAACGUUUACGUCGUUUAAAAUUAGAAAAAUAUAAUAAUCCAUCUAAUAGUAAUCCAAAUGUGAAAAAAAUGGCAACAUUAAUACGAGAAAAAGAUAUGAACAGUUCAGACAAUGAAAGUCCAGAUGAAAGUGAUACUGAAUCUAUAAAAAUUGAAGAUGAUACAGCAAUUACUAAUGAUCCAGCAACAACAACAGCUGAUGAUCAAGAUAUUGAAACACUUGAUGAAACAAAAAUCGAUGAUUUAGAUAAACGUUUAGCACUUGUUACACGAAAAUAUAUUUUAAUUAAACGUCGAGUUAUUGAUAAACAAUGUCGUACACGUGCACUUCAUCUUGGACAAGAUCGUUAUCGUCGUCGUUAUUGGUAUUUUUCACAUUUACCAGGAAUUUAUAUUGAAGGUCUGACAUCAGGUGACAUACCAGCAGAUAAUAUUCUAAAUAUUGUUGAAAAUGUCACUAAACAAAAACUUGAUAAUAAACCAAUCAUAACUGGAAAUGAAUGUAAUUCAUCAUCACGUUCAACACAACGUAAAAAACAACAACAACAACAGGCGAGAGUAACUAAUGUAACUCCACCACCAUUAUCUGUAAAUUCUAUUGAACAAUCUACUCCGAUUGAAUCGAAUAAAAUAAAAACGGAAAAUAGCGAUAACGAAGAAGAACAACAACAACAGCAACAGAUAAAUACAACAACUAAUACGACAGAAGAUUUCGCUACAAUGGAUUUAUCUGCUUUUUGUAUGGCAGCACAACGAGAUAAUGAUGUACAAGACGUUGCUACGGUAGUUGAGGAAAAAUCUAUUAUAAAUGGAACAUCAACUGCUGUCGAAAUCAAACCUGAACCGAGUGAUGAAUUAACUUCUAAACGUGAAAUAUCUGAUGAUAAUCUUCCACUUGAUCUUUCAUGUUCAAAAUCUAAACGUUCAUGUCAAGAUGAUUAUUGGACAUCUCAACAUCCUCAAGCUGCAUAUCCAUUAACAAAUAAUAUGGAUCAAUUUCAAGAAUUAAAUGAUCUUGCUACAGCUGCUAUAUUAUUAAAUAAUAUAAAACAUGAACAAACAAAUCUCAAUACAUCACAAAAAAGUAUACUUGAUUUAACAAAUACAAAUUUACAAAAUUUAAUUUCGAAUCAAUUAAUGCCAUCAUUUAAUUAUUCAUCACCAAUUAAACAAGAAUCAUCUACAACGAAUUUUAAACAAAUUGAACAAUCAAUUAGAGAAAAAUUUCAAUAUCCACAACCAUUACCUAUUCCCGAUGAUGUUCAAUCUGGUUGGUGGUUAAUUCAAACACCUGAAGAAUUACGUUUAUUAAUAAAAUCUUUAGCUAAACGUGGUCAACGUGAAAGAUAUUUAUGUCGUAUGCUACAACGUUAUUCUGAUGUUAUAACAAAUUCAAUGUCAAAUAUAAAACUUGAUAAUUCAUCUAUAUUAACUGAAAAUGAAGUUGAUAAUGAGAAUGAUGAUCAACAACAAAAUUUGAAUGAUUUUAUUGAAAAUGAGAAUCAAAAUUUUGAUGAUACACAUGAAAUGGAUGUAUUAAAUGAAAUAUAUAAUUUAUCUGAUCGUAUUAUUGCAUCAAGUCUUCAUUGUCGUUCAUAUGAUAUAAAUUCUACACGUAAACGUUUAACAUAUUCGGAUAUUCAAGCUAAAGGUACAGAUAUUCUUGAUGAAGCAAAACAUUUAUUAACUGAUAUUGAACGUAAUAUUGAACGACGUUAUUUAAAACAUCCAUUUGUUCGUAAAUAUGAAAUAAAUCUAUCAUCAUUAAAUCGUAUUAAUCAAAAUAGUACAUAUCAUCAUACACAAGAAAAUUCAACCAAUGAAAUCGUAUCAUCAUCGAAAUUUGAUGAAGUACCACAACAACUUGAACGUUGGAGACGUACAGUUAAUGAAUCACGUACACCAGCACAAUUAGCAUUAUGUUUAACACAAUUAGAACGAUGUAUUGCAUGGGAAAGAUCAAUAAUGAGAGUUUAUUGUGAAAUAUGUAAUUCCGAUGUUGAUGAAGAAAAAUUAUUAUUAUGUGAUGGAUGUGAUCAUGGUACACAUACAUAUUGUUUUAUACCACCCAUGUCAUUUAUACCACCAAAUGAUUGGUAUUGUUAUGUUUGUAUUGGAAAAGCGAAAGGUGAAAAUUUAUGUUUUGUUUGCGGUAAUAAAGGUGAUAAUCAAUUGAAUCGAUGUGAACAUUGUGGAAAAUUAUUUCAUGAAGAAUGUUUAAAAAAUGCUAAACAACAACGAGGAAAAUGGUUAUGUGUUUUAUGUACAGCUAAUGAUAGUACGGCAUUAAUAGCAAGUUUAACUGCUGGAAAUAAUAAUACGAAAUGGCAAAUGGGUCGUCAAACAUCUCGUUCGACAAAUACAUCAGCGAAUGCUACAAAUAAUUCCACAUUAAAAUCUCGUCAACCAUCGAUUAGUUCAACGACUUCUGUAACAAAUACCAAUGGUGAUUCAUUAAAUAAUUCAUCUUCAUCAAAUCGUAAUCGUUCAAAUAAUACGAAUAAUAACAAUAAUAAUAAUAAUAAUAAUCGUAAAUCAAAACCUCGUAAUAGUUCACAUAAUAUUGAAAGUUCAAUUUUACAAGAAUCACAUUCAAAUUCAUCUCAUACCGAUGCAAUAACAAUGAGUAGCCUUAAUGAAUCAUCAUCAAUUCAAUCACCGUUAAAUACUGCUGAUAUCGAUGAUGAUGAUGAUGAUGAUAAUAUUCCAUCACCAACCAUGGGCGGUACAAAUAAUAACAAUAAUAAUAAUAAUAAUAAUAAUACAUCAAAGAAAAAACCAUCUCGAAAAUCAAAACCUAAUACUGAUAAUAAUGAUAUAAAAGCUUGCAGAAAUAUUCUAAAUGAAUUAUUAAAAAAUGAUGCAUCAUGGCCAUUUCAAACUCCUGUUGAUGCUAAACAACAUCCGGAAUAUUAUGAAUGUAUAAAAACUCCAAUGGAUUUUGCUACAAUGAAAAAGAAAAUGCGUAAUCAUCAAUAUACAAAACGUGAUGAAUUUUUUAAUGAUGUACAAUUAAUAUUAAAUAAUUGUGAAUAUUAUAAUGAAGAUGAUAGUCCAGUUGGUGAAGCUGGUCAUGGUUUACGAACAUUUUUUGAAACACGAUGGGCAAAACAAUUUGGUUAA